CGCCCCUGCACCGCCCCUCGCAGGGCGAUGUUUCCGCUUCCCGGGGCGGCCGCCGCCGAUGGGCUCCGCUUCCCUUCCCCUUGAGCCGCAGCGGCCAUGGCCAGUUACACCAAGGCUGCCCAGCAAUGGGCUACUUUUGCCAGAGCUUGGUAUCUCUUAGAUGCGAAGAUGCAACCACCAGGAAAAAUCGCAGCUGCAACUGUAAUCAGACUUGAAGGCAGACAUAAACCUAUUUAUCAUGCACUAAGUGACUGCGGAGAUCACGUUGUCAUAAUAAAUACAAGACAUAUUGCUUUUUCUGGUAACAAAUGGGAGCAAAAAGUAUACUCUUCACAUACCGGGUAUCCUGGUGGUUUCAAACAGGUGACAGCAACUCAGCUCCAUUUGAAAGAUCCAACUGCUAUCGUCAAAUUAGCUGUUUAUAGAAUGCUUCCAAAAAACCUUCAGAGAAGAACUAUGAUGCAGAGGUUGCACCUGUUCCCAGAAGAUGUUAUCCCAGAAGAUAUAGAGAAGAAUCUUCUACAAGAGAUUCCUCAGCCACGUGCAGUCCCCAGGAGGUUAGAUGAAUAUACACCCGAAGAAAUUGCUGCCUUUCCAAGGGUUUGGACUCCACCUAAAGAUUUUCGAAGAAAGUAAUAAAAGGAGAACAGUUGCUAUCAGGAACGUGUCUCCUCCUUGAAAAAGAAAUCUUCUAACAUGGAAGAAGACGCAUCUGUGCAUCCCAGUUAUCCCUUCUACACAGAAUAUUUUUGGCAGGUACUAGCAAAAUUUAUUAGGAAAGCUUAUAAAGAUGAUUGUAUUUGAAACAGCUAAGAAUGGAUAUUACACUAUUAAUAGCGCCUGUACUUUGUGUUGUAUGAUCUGUUAUUUGUUAAUUAAAUGGGUUUUAUUACUGUUGUUAAA